AUGCCUGACCAACAACCUCCACCUUAUGGUGGUCAUCCGAACUAUGGUCAGCAGUGGCCGGCAUAUGCCUCGAUAAUCACCUCAGACGUUUACAACCGCGCUGACUACGGUACACCGAAUGGACCUCCUCCGAACGCUGCUCCGAAAUCCGACAACCAUAUGGCAGCUCUCAACGCGAAUGCACAGCUCGCAGGACCAGGAGGCUCUACGAACCCGGCCCUCUUCUUCCCACCUCCUCCAUUUUCAUUUUUCAACCAGUUUGACCCGUCGCAACUUCCACCAUUCCCUCAGAUGCCUUACCCAGCGAUGGGAUUUCCCCCGCCUCUGCUUCCAACAGGGUCCUCCAACCCUCCCGCUGCGCAUCCCAGUAUGUACCCACAGGGCUCGCAACAACCGCCUGCAUCGAACAGAAAUGUGAACCGGGUCAUAGACCAAGCAGACAGCAGCAGGGAGGAAGGUGAAGUCAGUGAGGAGAAUGAGGAAACAUCACUCCCACCGAAGCCUCUUGCUGCGGGCCAGGGUUCUGAGUUGGAAGAAGAAGAAGCUGCAAGUUCCGGUGCACGCUCUUCCGGGAGAAGUAGUGGAUCACCAUACAACCCUCCUCUGUCAAUGUCUGUAGACACUGGUGCAGUACAUGACGCGAUGCAGUCUCAAAAGCGAGAUGCGCCUGCCACAAUAACUAAAACCCCUCAAUCCCAGAAAUCAGCUGCGCAGCUUCGGAUUCAAGCUCAAGGAGCUUUGCUCAGCUUGGCGCCUCACCACAUUCGCUUCAAUGAACUGGUUGCAGAGGGUAUAAAUCCAGUGGUCCUAAGACAGCUUUACGAGGAAGUCGGAAUUAAGGUUGUCACGUCAACAGAGCAAGCCCCGGCCCAGGCCGACUCAAGCCCUGCCAAGGUCACAGGCGCCAUUGAAGCACCUAAGCAACAGGUCGAGGCAGCGAGGACAGCAAACGAAAAGCGUGUCUUGGCGAAGGCAAACAUACUAGUCCCGCAAUCUUCUGGCUCAUCGGCUGCUGCUCCACUGAGCUCAGAAAAGCCUCUAGAGAGGAAGGAGCUCAUUGCUCAAAUGCUGGCUGCGAAAGCUGCUAAAGCUGCACCUUCACCAGCCGGUAGUAUAAAGUCCGCACCGACCCCGCCGUCCAACGUGACUCCUCCAGCACCAAAGGAACUGCCUGCGAAGGAAAAAAGCAAAGCUCAAACCGAGUUGGCAAGACAACGGAUCGAGGAACUUAGACGCAAUGCUUUGCGGAAGACUCAACUUGCUGCCCAACUAGACCAGGCCGCGGUCUCGUCGCCACCUCAAGCUCCAGUUAUUCAGCAUCCGCUUCCCCUUCGACCUCCUGUGCCCGAGCUCUAUCAACCUGCUGGUCUCCCGGGACUUGUCAUGACUGAAUCAGCACAAGAGCCAGACGAAAGUUCCGCUCCCGAACUUCUUCAUGAUGUAUCUGUCGACCCGACCCCGGUACCACGAACCUCGCAGCGCAAGCGGCCUCGUGCAUCCGACUUUGAUGAAACAAUCGCUCCUCCAAAGAAGCCUUUUACCCCGGUAUCUGGCUAUUUCACCCCCACCGAUAGACUCGUUAUUGCAAUCAGCGAUGAUGAAUCGCUUUAUGGCGACGAUGAGGAUGACAACAUGGACAUAGACUCGAGUCCUGGAGAGGAGCCAGUGUCAUCCGGAAGCGCCACCGCCCAUGAGGCUACUCUCCAGCAACAGCCCUCUAUCACCAGGGCUUCUACAUCAACUCCACAGGUCCCCUCCAGCAGUGAACAAGGAGACAUUCGACUCAAAGAUAUGGAAAUCCAAGCCAUGCGCCGCAAGAUUGCGGAGUUGGAGCUACGACGCAAAUCGAAACUUGCUGCUAGUCGCACUCAAUCACCUCGCACCUUGGAUGACUCUGGAACAUCGUCAUCUGGCGGACAAUCUUUUGCGGCUGACGUGGGGAUGGCAGAUACUCCGGCCGCACCUACCUCAGUCCCUACUCCCCCCUCCUCCUGUCUGGCUGAUCGCUCCGAUAUCAUCGAUUCCUUCAGUGAUUCAUCCAUCAGAGUCCUCGCUGCAAUGGAUAAGGAGCAGCUGAACAGCAUGCAGUCCAAAAUUCUGCGGAUGAAGGACAUUGAAUCUGGCCAUCCUGAUUUGGACGCGGGAAUUUCUUCGACCGAGUCCUGUCUUUCUGUUUGUCGUCAAGAGGCCGAGGCGCUGAUAUCGGAUAUCACCAAAGAAAGAGAAGAUCGGUAUCAACUCGUGGAGGAGUUGAAAGGUCUCAGCUAUGAGAUCAACGGGUUGUCAUCAGAAGACUUGAAUGAGCUUCGUCGACAGGCCGAAAUCAAAAAGCAACAUCUCCCCGCACCAGAAGCUUCUCGAUCAUCUCCGCCUACCCUCAGCACCGUUAUCCCGGAUGACUCUGGUCGUGAGCCAGAAGAUACCCUUGGCUCCCAGGUGCCUGCGCAAGAAACAUCCACAUCAUACCAGACAGAUUCUGCUGGAUCAGCCAUGGAAGAGUCUGAUGACAGUAGCAGUGAUGAACCUGAUUCGUCUAGCGAUGAUGAACCUGCUAGCUCCCCUGUCCAAGCCGAUCUUCCCGCAACUGUUCCAGAGUUCUCAGAGCCCAUGGAUAUUGACUCUUCGAAUGAAUCCGAAUCCGCAAGCUCGCCAUCUGCUGCAGCCCACUCUGAUGCAGAGCCUGCCGAUCAACACUCCUCGCUGCAUGAAGAUAGCGAACGGUCUGUUCGUGAAACUUCAGCGGUGUCUGAUGCUUAUGAGCCACCUGAGCCUGAGACUGAUGCUCAGUCCGAAGGCUCUAGCUACAGCCCUCCUCCGUUCAGCCCAGCUCCUCUAUCUCCUCCAUCUCCUCCAGCUCCCGUAGAAAACACAGCAACCUCAGCGCCUUCGAUUGAUAUCACUCAAGCCGAUGAAGCACUAACGAACGAUCACCAGGUGCCAGCCCAAUUGCCCCAGUCGGACUCGCAAGUUGGCGUUCUUGGCACUCAAGAAUCAUCCGCCAGCUCGGGGAAGAGAUUCACCCCAUACAAAAGUCCUCUACGAAACUUCAAGGCUUAUCGAUAUCACCCCAAUUAUGCUGAAGACGUUUCGAGCGGUCACCGUUCGCUAACAUACAGUCAUAACAUUGAUUCGAUGCAAUACCUGUGCCCAUACGAAUUGGCCGGGGGUGUCUGCAAUGACCGAUCCUGCGAGUUUCAGCAUUUUCGGGACAUGACUCUAAGCGACGACAAAAUUCUCGUCCAGAUGGGCGCCGUCCGAGAGGGUGAGACUGAAGAAGAAAAAGAAAACUAUCUCGCUGGGCUGAAAGAGAUUAUCAACGACAUGCGGCGUGAUAAGGUGAAAGACUUCGACAUUGUGGCCGCCGAAAUAGCCGCAUACCGUAGGCGCUUCCUCAAAGACCCGUCGCGUGUCUUGCCCCUGUAA